GCUCAUUGGACAGCACUAUUGUUUGCCCCUAACAUUUUUAAAAGGUUAAAGAAAAAUAAUAUUUGAUACAAAUUAAGCUGCUUUUUUUGAAAAUUGUGAGAAUUAGGCAACAACAUUGUUAUCGGCAUUAUGGUAGCUACGAAAUCUAACGUCGAAGAACUCCAAGAGUACUUUAAAACGCACAACAAAACUCGCGAAGCGACUAAAGCGCAUACUGCCAAAGUGCAUUCAGUUGGAUGGAACUGCGAUGGACGCCGGUUAGCUUCUGGUUCCUUCGACAAAUCAGUAGUCAUUUUCACGCUUGACCGAGAACGAUUGAACAAGGAAAGCACAUAUCGAGGACACACCGGUUCGGUAGACCAAUUAUGUUGGCAUGCUUCGCUUCCGGAUCUCCUAAGUACGGCAAGCGGUGACAAAACAGUGAGGAUCUGGGAUGCUCGGAUUGGCAAAUGUGCAACGAUUAUCAACACGAAAGGCGAGAAUAUCAACAUUACUUGGUCCCCGGACGGCAACACAAUUGCUGUUGGGAACAAGGAGGACCUGGUAACAUUCAUCGAUGCACGGAUGUAUAAGAUCCUGGCUGAGGAACAGUUCUCAUUCGAGGUGAACGAGAUCGCGUGGAGCAAUGGCAGUGAUUUGUUUUUUCUCACAAAUGGCCAGGGAUGUGUGCAUAUCUUGAACUACCCGGAUCUAAACUUGCAGCAGGUUCUGAAAGCACAUCCAAGCACUUGCAUUUGUAUAGAAUUUGAUCCGACAGGAAAGUAUUUUGCUACGGGAUCAGCGGAUGCUUUAGUUUCCCUGUGGGAUGCCGAGGAACUUGCCUGCUUGCGGGUGUUUUCUCGGUUGGAUUGGCCAGUCCGGACGAUUUCUUUUAGUCACGAUGGGAGACUGUUGGCCUCUGCGAGUGAGGAUCUCAUCAUCGACAUUGGAGAUACUGAAACCGGAGAGAAAGUUGCGGACAUCUCGGUUGAUGCGGCCACGUUUACCGUUGCAUGGCAUCCUAAGCAGUACAUGUUAGCUUAUGCGUGCGACGAUAAAGAUGCCAACGAUCGUCGUCGGGAUGCCGGAAGUUUGAAGGUAUGGGGUUUCACAGAGUGAAUUUCUGCGAUAAAUAACCACAAAUUAAUUUACCAUAAAUUUAAUUAGAACUAGGA